GCGUAUCAUACCGGUAAAGCAUUUGCACCCGAGCACAAUGUCACGAUAAUACAUAGAAGGGGGAAAGAAGAAGAAAAAGGCGAGAAGUACCCUCACUUGUAUGCAUCCAAAAAUCAACCUCCUCAUAACACUUCGAGAACUCGUCAAUAUAUCUCGGAGAAAGUACGCCAUGGAUACCUUACCUUUUAAAUCAUCUCCGGGUCUAUCCCCAAUCGUAUUUGGCUCACAAGAGGAAGUAGAAAAGGGGCCGUCCUCGGCCUCAUCAUCAUCGUCUUCGAAGGCGGGGGAAGGACAGUCGACAAAAGGGAGGGUAUCGGUGCCAAUGGUUGCGCAGAAGGACACUGCGCCCAAACCACCAAAGUUUGUGAACCCGCCCCCGGUGCCGCAGUAUUCUUUCGAGGACGGGUUGAGAAGGGUGCCACCAUAUCAGUUUUCGUAUAAUACCUACUGUAAGGAGCGGUGGAGGGGGAAAGGGGUGUUGGAGGUGUUUUGGUCAGAGUUUCGAGACCGGCCGCUGGAGUACUAUGGGAUGAAUGGCGGCGGGGCGCAGUUGGCCUCUAUGCAAACCAUCAUUGCGAGCGUGGACUCGAAGCUCGAGAACGGGGACAUGCUUGUACAUACACUCCACAGACACGAGCCUCCUGUGACGGCGAAACCAAUUGAAACGGUGUACGAAGACGACCGAUUGAUUGUUAUUAACAAACCUGCUGGAGUGCCGGUUCACCCUGCUGGGAGGUAUAAUUUUAAUACGGUAAUUGAGAUAAUGAAGCAUGACUAUAACGGCCAUGCUCCGCUUCCAUGCAACCGCCUGGACAGGUUAACCAGCGGUCUAAUGUUCAUGGCCAAAACCCCGGAAGCUGCGAACGACUUCAUGGGACAGCUGCAAACUCGCACCAUAAAGAAACAAUACCUCGCCCGUGUCAAGGGUAAAUUCCCCGCGGGGGAGGUUACCUGUAGCCAGCCCAUCCUCUCGGUAUCCCCAAAGUUGGGCUUAAACAGAGUCCGCGCAAGCGGGAAGACUGCGAAGACGCUGUUUAAGAGGUUAAAGUAUAAUACGGAGAAGAAUUAUAGCAUUGUGGAGUGUCAUCCGUUCACUGGUAGGACGCAUCAGAUAAGGGUUCACCUGCAGUUCUUGGGACAUCCGAUAAUUAACGAUCCGAUAUACUGCAACCGCAACGUUUGGGGGCCAGCGCUAGGAAAAGGCGGUGAAGGUGAGGAUGAGGAGAUCAUUGAGAGGCUGAAUAAGGUCGGUAGGGAGGAGGAGGUUAGAUACGAAGAGAUAAUAGAGGACUACGAAGGUCGUAAGGCGGAGAAACUGACUGGAAAGCGAUGCGAAGUUUGUGAUACUCCUCUGUUUUCAGACCCAGGACUGCAUGAAUUGGGGAUCUACUUGCAUGCUAAGAGGUAUGAGUGUGAGGAUGGGCAAUGGGGGUAUGAGACCGAGCUGCCGGAGUGGGCUACCGAGGAUUGA